AUGCCAUCCUCUUUUAUAUUUGAGAAAAUUUUGCAACUUCUUCCUGAGAAAAUUCAUCAACGAUGGCAAUAUCACAGCAUAAGUCUGAUCCUGAAAAAAUUGCUUCACACCGGAAACUCCUUAAAGAUCCGCCUUGAAGGAAUGCGUUUAUUUCUCCUGUGGCUUCAAGCACUUCAGAACAACUGUAGUUGGGAGCAGCUCUGCAUGUUUGCCUGCCUCAUUCCUGGAUUCCCAGCUCCCCCUUCUGAUCAUGGCAUAUAUACGCUGGACAGUCUUAUCAACCUUCCACUGAAUGUACAAGAAAAUCAAGUUACAAUAGAAGAAAUUACACCCUUGGUUCCCCCCCAGUCUGGAGACAAAGCACAGGAAGAUCUUACUAGUUAUUUUCUUGAGGCCUUGUUAAAGUACAUGGUGAUACAGGUCCGGAGUUUAGAAUGGCGGAACAGAGAUAAGGAGGAAGGUGGCUUUGCCUUCUUGUUCUCAAACUUCAAAAAAUACUACAUGCCUUACAUUUUCCCUGCAAUGAGCAGAGAAAGCAGCCUAUACAACCCAGUACUUGAGAUUCCACAGAUGAGACCAAAACCUCACUAUGUGUUGGUGCGGAGGGACACCGAGAGCAAUGAGGUUCAUUACUGCACCAAAGAGCCCUUUCUCAAUGCCCGGGUGAUUGUCAUUCGAUGGCUGGUGUCCUUCUGGUUGGAACCCAAGCCACACACUGGGACUCACAUUCCGGGAACUGAAGGGGAGAAUGUGCCAAAGAAUAUCCAGGUAUUCCUAUAG